AUGGAGAAACACAACCUCUCAGUGGUGACUGAAUUCAUCCUAAUGGGCAUCACAGACAACCCUGGGCUCAAGGCCCCAUUGUUUGGUUUAUUCCUUAUUAUCUAUCUGAUCUCAGUGAUUGGAAACUUGGGAAUCAUCAUCCUCACCAAUGUAGAUGCCAAACUGCAGACACCAAUGUACUUCUUCCUUAAACAUUUGGCUUUUACUGAUUUUGUUUAUUCAACAACUGUGGGACCAAAAAUGUUGGUAAACUUCAUUGCAGAUAAAAAUGCAAUCUCCUAUUAUCUUUGUGCUACACAACUAGCUUUCUUCCUUCUGUUUAUUGGCAGUGAGCUUUUUAUUUUGUCUGCAAUGUCAUAUGACCGGUAUGUGGCCAUAUGCAAGCCCCUGAUGUACACUGUCAUCAUGUCCCAUAAAGUAUGCUGGGUUCUAGUCACAGUUACCUAUCUUUACUGCACAUUUAUGUCCCUGGUUGUCACCAUAAAUAUUUUCUCUUUGUCCUUCUGUGGCUACAAUGUCAUUAAUCAUUUCUUUUGUGACUGUAUCCCCUUGAUAUCUUUGCUUUGCUCAAAUACCCAUGAAGUUGAACUGAUAGUUAUGAUCUUUGCAGCUUUUGAUUUGAUUUCUUCCCUUAUCAUUGUUCUUAUGUCCUACCUGCUUAUUCUCAUAGCCAUUCUCAGAAUGAACUCUGCUGAGGGCAGACAGAAAGCUUUUUCCACCUGUGGGUCCCACCUGACAGUGGUGACUGUGUUCUACGGGACGUUGAUAUUUAUGUAUGUACAACCUGAAUCUAGUCACUCCAUCGAUACUGAUAAAAUAUCAUCCAUAUUUUAUACUCUUAUCAUCCCCUUGUUGAAUCCCCUGAUCUAUAGCCUGAGAAACAAAGAUGUUAAAGAUGCUUAA